AUUUUUCUUCACCGCCUGCCAAGCCUGCGUGGCCUGCAGUUUAUUCCUUGGUUUAUUCCCCUAAAAAUUGCAUAUGUCGCACCUGGAAAAGUUUUAUGGCUAUUCUCUAUUGAAACUUGCCAAAAAUAAAUUAUUUCUGCAAUCUCGACAUUGCGCUAUCGUUUAUCUACAACAUGGAACAGCAGUAACAAAUCUCCACAAAUGAACGAAAAUGCUAGUCUCUUUUACCCUAGUUUUCACCUUUACAAUCAGACAGGCAUCAACGCCAGACAAAGUGGAUGUCACCUAGCGGCUUUGAAAUGGCGCCCAGCGAAGCGUAUCGUCAGUUCGUUUCACUGUCCGACGCUACUGCCGGCCCUGCUACUGACCCUGCUUCUGCUGCUGGUUCCCCCAUUGGCUGUCGCCGAUGUGGUCGCCUCAGCGCUGGGACCUCUAGGCGGCGUUCGCUACCACAACUGCUCCUGCGGCGUGCCCAUGUACCCUGUCGGCGAGAAGUGGGACAUAGCCACGCGGAUCGUCAACGGCCAGCCGGCGCGCGUUGAAGAGUUCCCCUGGUUCGUGGGCCUGACGCGCACUAAGGGUUACAGCAGCGCGCCCAUCUGUGGCGGCUCGCUCAUCACGGACAGACACGUGGUGACCGCCGGCCACUGUCUGCUGCGCCACUCGGGUCUCUUCCCGGACACGACGUACGCCCUGGUUGGCGCCUGGGACUGGACGGACCGCUUCACAGCUCGCCGCUCACAGAUCGUCAAGGUGUAUGAGGGUCGCCCGAUCAGCACGUUCGAUUAUGCCGAGGGCCACAUCCCCGAGGGCGAUGUGGCGAUUAUGGAACUGGAGCAGCCGGUGGAGCUGAACCCGACGGCCUACCCCAUCUGCCUGCCCCCGGCCGAUCUCACCCUGGCCAAGGUGAAGACGGGCGUGCUCACCGGCUGGGGACGCUUCGUGGAGGGCGGUGGGCAGCCGGACAAGGUGAAACGCACCUCCAAGACGCUCAAGAUCAUGGACUACAAGGAGUGCUCGCGGGUGCCGGCGAUGCGCCAGGUGUUGCGGCGGUACCCGCUGCCGCUGACAGACAGGCAGCUCUGCGCGCUCGGCGAUGACGAGGAUACUUGUCAAGGGGACUCGGGCGGGCCGCUCAUGUGGUACAACGAAGCCACCGAACGGUACCACAUCAUUGGUCUGGUCAGCUGGGGCGAGGGCUGCAACCGGCCCGGCAUCCCGGGGGUAUAUGCCAACAUGCUCAACCCCAACAUCAGGAACUACGUCACCUGUCAGGUGAGCGGCGGAGUCACCUGCCGCGACUGAAGGACUUACCUGUCCAAAGUGACGCCUCUUUCACCUACUGUGAUUGAUAGUGUCGCCCACCGCGACCGGUGUCAGACUGAUCAGCUCCAAUAUGAUUGAAUUGAGCUCAAAGGUGAUUUGGGGACGCACACGCGCCUACCAGACUGCUGCUGAGGCUGACGUCCUCCAACUCUCUCUGAAUCGCUUUAAAUAUACGCUAUGGUGGA